AUGGCCGAUAAAGGAGAGCCAAGUCAGUAUUUGAAUCAGGCAAUAAUAGAUCUGACCAUAGACGAUGAGUAUCCCCAACCCAAAAGACUGAAAGUUGAUGCUAAUUCGUUGCUUGAGAAAAUGAAAUAUCCACAAACCGCUGCUUUGAGUGUGAAAGUUACUUAUCUCCAGUACAGGGCUAAUUAUGAGAAAAGUGUUCUAUCGGCAUGGAGCUCCGGUUCAGAUAUAGCCGGAGUAAUCGGGGCCGUAUCAUACUCGCUAUUAAUUGCUGUAGGUAUGAAAACAACAUUAGUGAUAAUGCUGACCAUACCAGCCAUCGCAUCCCUAGCGUUUUGGUUAUUGUUACCGAAACCAUUACCCCCACAAGAAUCCAUCGAAGGAGCUGGACAACCGGACGAUCAAGUUAAACUCGGAAACGAGGAGAUUUCUUUGAGAAGGAAAUUUUUAUCUUAUUCCUGGUCUAAUGAAAUACAUGAUACCAUUAGUCUCAUUUACCUAUUUGAAUAG